GUACAGCAGCUUGAGAGAGUCCUGGCCAGGGAGCUCGGUAAGCUCGACAAGGCGAGAGAGUAUUUCGAGUCGCAGCAGGACAUGGUUAAGAAUACCAGCGACGACCUUGACAAGGCUGACGCGUACUACAAGCAGAUCGUCGCAGAAUUGGCUGGAGGGAUCGUUCCACGUGCACCAAAGACGCCCGACGGCAACACGAAGCUGCUCAAGCUGGAAGAUAUUGUGUCGGGCCAGGCUAAAGCGUUGGAUUUCAUCGACACGUCCUCGCUCUUCACGAUCGACAGCGAUGUGUAUGUGGUCACCCCCGAGGAUCAGCGGAUCUUGGAUGAGCGCAGGGACACGCUCAACACGCAGUUGCAGGAGGUUGCAGCGCAGCUGUUCUCGGGGGCUAUUGACAAGGCCAGCGAACUCAAGAAGGUUCGGUGCCGCCGUGCAGUGAUCAGCCUGGUGCUGCUGCUCAACCUCAAGUAUCUCCUGAUGAAGUCGCCGUCGGAGGAGCAGAUGGCGCUGAGCUUGACGAACCUGAG